AUGCAGAGGCGUAAGUGGAUUCCGUUGGCGCUGCUGAGAAAGUUGCUCAUUGCAGCCAUAUGCUCCAUAGCGUUUGUGGCUCUCUUCUCUGUGCGUAUACACAUUGUUCCUUCCUCUAAGGAUCACAGGUUCAACGACAAGAUCUCCACGGCCCAGGAUCUGCAGAGCUGGACGCGAGAGCUCGCGCCACCUCAUUUGUCCAAAGCUCCACUUUCUACUCCCAAGUUGAAUGGUACAAGAGGGUACUUAGAAUACCAGAAGCUGUGGAAGCCUCCAUCAAAUCGUGGGUUUUUGCCCUGUACAAAACCCACACCUAAUUACACCACUCCUGCGGAAUCGCGAGGAUAUCUCUUAGUCCAUACAAAUGGCGGGCUCAACCAAAUGCGUUCUGGGAUAUGUGAUAUGGUAGCAGUGGCUCGUAUCAUAAAUGCCACUCUUGUAAUUCCAGAACUUGAUAAAAGAUCAUUUUGGCAAGAUACUAGCAAUUUCUCUGAUGUUUUUGAUGAAGAGCAUUUUAUUAAUUCUCUAGCUAAUGAUGUAAAAAUCAUUAAGAAGCUCCCUAUAGAACUGGUUAAUGAAACCAGAGUGGUCAAGCAAUUCAUAAGCUGGUCUGGCAUGGAUUACUACGAGAAUGAGAUUGCUAGCUUGUGGGAAGAUUACCAAGUUAUUCGAGCUUCCAAAUCUGAUUCACGAUUAGCAAACAACAAUCUACCUCCAGACAUUCAGAAGCUACGCUGCCGGGCUUGUUAUGAAGCACUUCGCUUCUCUCCUCACAUUGAACAAUUGGGAAAAUUGUUGGUGGAGAGGAUGAGGUCAUUUGGUCCUUACAUUGCGCUGCAUUUGCGUUAUGAGAAGGAUAUGCUUGCAUUUAGUGGGUGCACCCAUGAUUUAUCUCUUCUUGAAGCUGAAGAGCUACAGAUGAUCAGAGAGAACAUUUCCUAUUGGAAAAUAAAGGAGAUUGAUCCAAUAGAACAAAGGUCCAAAGGGCUUUGCCCCUUAACUCCAAAGGAAGUUGGGAUUUUUCUUACUGCCCUUGGAUACCCAUCAACAACUCCGAUAUAUAUUGCUGCUGGUGAGAUAUAUGGGGGAGAGUCCCACAUGGCUGAAUUGCGAUCACGAUAUCCAUUGUUGAUGAGCAAGGAAAAGUUGGCAUCCAUAGAAGAGCUUGAACCUUUUGCUAAUCAUGCAUCCCAAAUGGCCGCUCUUGACUAUAUUGUAUCUAUUGAAAGUGAUGUAUUUAUUCCUUCUUAUUCUGGAAACAUGGCAAAGGCUGUUGAGGGUCAUCGUCGUUUUCUUGGACGUGGAAGAACAAUAUCUCCAGACAAGAAAGCCCUCGUUCGCCUGUUUGAUAAACUGGAUCAAGGUAUAUUGACCGAGGGGAAGAAACUAUCAAAUAGGAUUAUUGAUCUCCACAGAAGAAGACUUGGCUCUCCCAGAAAGAGAAAAGGGCCAAUUUCUGGAACAAAGGGCAUGGAAAGAUUCCGUUCAGAAGAAACUUUUUAUUCUAAUCCCUUGCCUGAUUGUUUAUGCCGGACAGAACCACUACCUCUAAACAUCUCUAACACAGUUUGA